GAAACCCGGCGUAAAUGUGUCGAUUUUUCUGAUUUUCUGAUAAAUAAUAGCUUUUAUUUAGAUAAGUUCUUACAGGAAUAGAAGACCACGUGUAAAUUUAAAUAGUUAAUCGUUCAAAAUGCACUUUCGUGCAUUAUUCUUUGCGGUGCUUUGCCUGUUGGGUCUCAGCAGUGCCACACUGCAGAACACAAUAGAUCUACAGCGUCUGGAGUCCAUUCUACAGGCGGGCACUAAAAGCAAUGAUGUUGCUACACUAUAUUACUCUCUCAAGGGUUUGAGUCUGCUAAAAGUUAAAAUGCCUGAUGUUUGUAAAGCCAUCAAAGAUGCCAAAUAUGAUAUCAACAACAUGGAGCAAGUGUUUUACCUCACAAAUGCUGCCUUACUAUCAGGCUGUACCAACUACUUGAAACCUGAUGUCCUCUCUGCCUCAACACGAGUCUUGGAUAAGAAAGAAGCGCCUUUGUCGGAGCUUUACUAUGCUAUAUACUCUCAGAAGGCAUUAGGCAAAGGAGCUGUAUGGGACAAAGAUGAAGCCCUUAAAAAUCUCAUUCAGUUGUUGAAGAAAGAUGAUUCUCCUGUCAAUUACGCGUACGUCUUCGCGAUGUGCGAACACAUGGGCUGCGAGGCGUGGACAGCAUCACACGCCGAAGGGCUGCUGCUGGCUGCCGACGAAAGCGAUUCGCGCGCGUUGCACUUUGAGGGCGGGCUGCCUGUUACCUCAUUGCUACUCUCCACCAUUAUUAGGUCGUACAAGGUGCUGAAAAAGUCAUCACCUUUGACGGAGGAACAGCGCUACAAGUUCGCGGAGUACCUGUUGUCGCGGCGGUCGGUGACAUCACAGCGCGGCGCUGCGUUGUUGGUCGAAGCUGCGUUGGCUCUCGCUGACGAUGAGCCAUCACCCAUCAGCAUAGUUAUCAAAGGCAAGAAGUACAUAACUUCCGAAUCUGACACCAUCGAGAUCUCUGUUAGCGAUUUCAUUGGCCGUCCUGUCCGUGGCCUUAAACCUGAAGAAGUGGUCGCUCAAUCAGGCACUAGACUCGCUGACGACGUCGUGGUGCUUUCCAAACAGCCCUUGACCCAGAAGGGCGAUGACCGAACGACUUUUAUACUAAACCUUAGCAAGAUUAAGGCUCAAUACGGCUUAUACAAGAUUGCAUUGAGUGCUGGUUCAAAGACGACUAAUGUGAAUGUAGCUGUGCUUGGAGAGAUUGUAGUGUCAAGUAUUGAAGUCGGUGUGGGAGACGUCGAUGGAACAACUAGCCCUAAGAUUACGACUGUCACCUACCCUAAUAAGCUCAAUGAGAUCUUGCAGGCUGAUCAUUUGCAAAAGUUAACGCUAAAAUUCAGCGUUCGCGAUAAGCAAAACAAGCCGGUGCUAGUGCAACAGGCGUUCGUGCUGGUGGCGUCGAAAAACGCCGCAGCAGCCAUCGUUGAUGAAGCCAUCUUCGUCGCGGAACCAGAUAAUUCCAAGGCUUAUAAAGUUGAGCUGAAUGUGGGCGCCAUCGCGAAACAUCUGCAGUCCGGCUCUGGCACGUACUCGUUGACUGUCCUUCUCGGAGACAGCGCGGUCUCCAACCCCAUCUCUUGGCCCGUCGGGGAUGUAAUCUUUAACUUCGGAAAGGAUGCAAGCGCAGUCGGCGCCGCCCAGAAGAGCCGGCAGCCGGCGUCGGGGCCGCUGAGCGAGAUCCAGCACCAGUUCCGCGUGGCCGAGCCGCGACCGCCGCGGGCGCUGUCGGACGUGUUCGCGCUGCUGUGCUGCGCGCCGCUGCUGCUGCUGCUGCUGCUCUGGGCCAAGCUCCGGGUCAACCUCUCCUACUUCCCCCUCGCGCCCAGCGCGCUGCUCUUCCACCUGGCGCUCGGAGCAUCCCUGGGCUUGUACGUCGUCCUCUGGAUGCAGCUGACGAUGUUCGAAACGAUGCGCUACCUGCUGCCGCUCGGCGCAAUCACAUUCCUCUCGGGGCACCGUCUCCUGCGCAGACUUGUCCAGGAAAAGGGACAUAAGUAAAGGGUGUAUUCCCAUGGAGUACGGGAAACUUAUAACUUUAGUGGAUCAUUUCCCUGCAUUUCAACCUGAACUAGCAAUAAUUUAUUUCUGUAUAUUGACAUGACUGAUAUGUUUUAUGUACUAUGUAGUUAAAGGACCACUUUCAGUUUUAAUGAUCUCCAUCAUUGAGUUUAUAUAUUCGUCACAAACUUGCUUAUUAAGUCAGCCAUUAGUUUCCCGGCUUCAGGGUUAGGCAAAAAGUAGGAAUUAUAGUCCGUUCCUACCCGCACAGGGCUUAGUCAGGUGGUCUAAUACUACCUUUACAAUCAGUGAAGUGUUUCUUAAAAAGUAAGUAAACACCAAAUUGUUUUUAUUUAACGUAUGCGUGGGUACGUGCAAGUGUGACUUAUUCCUUGUUUUAAUUUGUAUUCGUGUACGAGCUGUGGACGUAUAAUAUCUACUGUCUUCUGUUGUUGGUUUUUUUGUGUGUGUGACGGGACGAACAAAACGUGCGUCUGGUGGUAGGCGACACGCCUACCCAUAACAGGCUCGCUUAAUGAGGUAAAAGACAAUUUUUCUUGACUGUUUACCAAACACUGGCACUGCUCAAAAACAAAAGGCUGGUGUAAUCACAACUUGUAUUGUAGUAGUCAUUUAAAAUUGUUUAAAAAAGCCUUCGCAUUUCAGAUAUCAGAUUUCUGCUACAACCACAAAACUUGUUCGUUUCAACACACUGGUCUGCCGAUAUAGAACUAGACUUGCUUUUGACCGUGUUUCGUAUUCGUUACUUCAAGAUAGUGAAAUAACAUCCAUAGUUUGUAUAUGAAUACAUUUUCGAAUACUUUCAUUCCUUAUAUAUUGGAGGACAUAUUACAGUAAAUGUUAUUAAAAUAUGUUCUUGAAUACCAUUAAUUCAUUUAUAGAUUUUUAAUAA